AGGAGCAGAGCGAGCCUGGAGCCGCGAUGCUGGAGCUGGUACCGGACCAAGAGUUUCUCUACAAAGAUGGGAGGAAUGGACUGUCCAUCCGCCGGCGAUGGAAGCUGCUGGCCGGCCUUUUCUUCGCUGUGCUGGCUGCCGCUUACCUGGCCCUAGUGGGAUACUUCGCCGUUUAUAGGAACUUCUUCCCAGCCAAGGGCUUUGAAGUAAAUGGAUCUUUCAGUCCAGGUGGGGACCUACUGGAUUACUUGCUUCAACAUGGAAUGAUUGACAGGAAGGAUGGGCUGCUGGUAACAUGGCACCAUGCUGCAAAUAGCAAGAGCGAAAUGGAGGCAGCCUUGAAAGGCAGUGCAAUGGCACUGGAAGCAGAUGUCAAUAUUGAAGGACUCAACACUCAAAACGAGACUGGUACCCCCAUCAUGGCUCACCCACCCAGUAUCUACAGUGACAAUACCUUGCAGGAGUGGCUGGAUGCUGUCAUCAGGUCUAAGAAAGGUAUCAAGCUGGAUUUUAAAAGCAUUGAUGCGGUAAACCCUUCCCUGGACAUCCUAGUUAAGAAAUAUAAUGAAAUUCAUUUCAACCGACCAGUCUGGCUAAAUGCUGACAUUCUGAUUGGCCCAAAUGUCCCAGGAUUUAUGCAGCCGGUCAAUGCGUCCAGGUUCCUGGGUCUUAUUCAGCAAAGGUUCCCGAAUGUAAUCCUCUCCCCUGGCUGGAUGUCUCUGUACUUACCGAUGAUUGCAACUAAACCUUACACUCGAAAGAUGGUGGAGGAAAUGUAUGACUUGGUGAAGGGUUUAUCACAACGUGUCACAUUCCCUGUUCGAGCUGUGUUGUUGAAGCCAGCUUGGCCACAUUUUAGUUGGCUACUCAGUCAGUCACCAAGGUAUAGCCUUACUCUAUGGCAAGGAUCAAUUGAUCCCGUCACUGUGGAAGAUCUUUUAUUCUUCAGAGACAAUAGCAACGUUGAGCAAAUCUAUUAUGACAUUUAUGAACCAGUUUUGUCUGAAUUCAAACAAAUUGCACUGCAGACAAACCGAACCAGGAGGUUUUACCCCGGAGGGAAGCUCAUGGAUUAUUUCCCCCACCAAAAUCUUGAUGAACUGCAGAUCAAAUGGUUUGACAUCGGAUCCACAGAACUUGAAUUGAUGAAAUUACUUCAAGGAAAUAUUGGAGGAAUGCUUAUUCUGAACGUGAAGACAAAAGCUAAUGAUGCCAUUCCAGUGGUAGUAGGUGCGGAAAAGGGUUUGGAAUUUCCCUUGGAAUCAGCUCUAAAUUGGAUCGCAACCUCAUCCAAGCCAUGGGGCAUCUACCUGAAGAUAAAAUCCCAGGAGGCAUUGGCCCCAACCUUAUAUCUGCUUGAACGGGUUUACACAGCAUACCUUCUCCUCAAGCCUGUAUGGAUUAAUAUGGAUCUCUCUUACGGUAGUUUUAGCACCCAUGGAUACAUUGAGGGAAAGCAAUUCAUCAAAACCGUCAAUGAAAUAUUUCCUUUUGUAACUAUAGCUCCUAGCUGGCCAAAAGAAGUGCUUACCCAUGGUUAUACACAGCCAUUAGUAGAAGACAUGCUAAAUCUUUGUCGUGGGCUAUGGCAAGCAGUGUCCUUCCAGCUUCAGGCUAUUGCUCUGGGUAAAUCAUGGAAAGCCACCACUCGACUACUGCAGACUUCCCCUACCUACACUCUGACAGUGGAGCAUCUACACGAGCAAGGCAGCUACUUGGAUGGGUUUCAGGGGCUGAUAAACAUUCGAACAUACAGCACUCGUAGGAUUUAUUACCGCUUACCUCAAGAUUAUAGAAACAGUUUUCACGACGAUGUCUUCACAUCAUAAAAAGUUGUUUGAGAGUCUUUGUACAUCACUAACCAGUCCUACCUUUUAGGCAGGCAAAUCAUUUUUAAGCUCCGAGCUAUAACUCCCUAUUUCUGAACCACCGAAAUUAUUAGCUAAAUUUUGUCAUAUUUAUAAGGUACAACCUUAUUAACUUUAAAUAUUUUCUUAAUUUAGUCGAGAUAAAAAUUUAAGAUUUUGAUACCAAAGGUAGUUUUAUAAAUUUUGAUUAUAAAAUUUGGCAAAAAGGCUGUCAUACAUAAGAGAUUGAGGUGUAUUUUGUUGAAGUGUUGCGAACAGCUUUACUCAGUCAGGUAGUUGCAAUUACAUUUCUCAGUUUUCCCAUGAAACAGAGACCUUGACCCUGUUUUGCUCAUCUACCCUUGUGAAGUAACAAGAAGUGCAAUGAGAGCCAUCAUUUCAUACAUCGCUAACCCAUCAUGCAGGUUUGUGAAAGCUCAAGUAACACAGAUAUCAGCUAUACAGCAGUGAUAAAUCUGAAUAGCAGACUGCAGUGCAAGCUGUGGCCUUAUUUUAACACUGUGGUUUCACAGAAAUUCUUUUGACACUACAAACCUGUUAACUCACACUCAAAGAGCCACUCGCUUUGGUUUCUAUGUGAAUGAUUUAGACAAAUCUCACUCUUAAAGUCCCAAUAUUUAAAUAAUGAAUUAUCCCUUGAUUUCUGAUCGAAAAACUCAAAUAUUGGGGUUGUAGACUUGUUCACCA